GAAUAUCUGUAAAAUACAAAUAGUACAAUUUGAUGAAAAAUGGAUUAUUUGGAUCUAGACUCCUUUCGUUCCAGAUAUAGCGAUAUAACGGUCACAGCUGUGCCCGCCAAGCCACAAGCUGUGGAGGAACAAGAAACUCUACCAGAUUGUUGCGAUGGCGCUGAAGGAGGCGGAGCGGGAAUGAUGCCGGCUGAUCGCGUGGAAAUCUUUCCAAUAAAUAUGCCAAGUGCGCCAAGCAAUUCGAUGGUAAUGCAACAGCAGCACCCCCUUCAGCUGGAGGAGCAGCAGUUAAAGUUAAACCAGGAGGCUGCGGCCUAUUCAAAUGAAUAUCAACAGGUGUUGGCCAAGCUGGAGUACACGAAGUAUGUGCAGGCGCAGCUGCAGCUGAUGUCCAACAGCAAUGGAUUUGGAGAGCUUUUUUAUGGCCUGCCAAGCAACCAAAUCCAAGUGCCCAGCAACGAGGCCGACAACUCACCGAACAGCGGCAAUAUUGUGGACACCUAUGACAAUCUGUUGAGUGUCAUUGCGGAAAUGCAGAGGAAUCUGGGUCCGACGGCAAUUGGUUUGCGUGCUCCAAAGGAGCGUUUGUUGCGUGAUAUCGCACAUGCACGCGUCCUGGUCAGGGAAUGCAUUCUAAUGCUAAUGCGCGACCAUCGACAUCAGCAGUCGCACCAGCUACCGAGCGACGAGUGACGUCACAAUACGACGUGUUAAUUGCCUGACUUUGUUUUCUCAGUGUGUGACAUAAUAAAAGAGCAAAACAGCAACAACAUGCGUGAAGUUCUCAGAACUAAAACACACACAUACACACGUGAUAUUCACUCUUGGCAGUCACACAACACUCUAACUCUAAAUAUUCACACUCCGCUCACUCACACAUUCAUGUGCAAUGGUCA